AUGCUUUCAAGCACGCAACCUGCAACAUCCGGGUAUUUUCUGAGUCCAGUUUAGCUAGUUUGCAGGCUGUGUCAAAUUCAAGUGAAUAGGCUGGGGCUUGACACUAAUUUGGGCUUAACAGCUCCGGCCUAAAACUUCAAAGGAGGGACAUUUUAAUGAUACUUACCGUCGCCAAAUGAUAAAGUAAUGCAUCCCUGGUUUAGUCAGAACAGGGAGUUCCGCACUUUCACAAAUUGAUGCACUGUGAGGUGAUUGCUAGCUAGCUAACGUUACCCGCAAGCUCCCUCCAUCUCGUCGGUGUUUCGGUCACAGCACCUCUGCUCUGUUGCUGUUUUUACAACUUCAAAACAGGUCUUGCGGAUUUUGGUUUUAAGAGCUACAAUGGGGGCGUUUUUGGACAAGCCAAAGAUGGAGAAGCACAAUGCUCAUGGUGAGGGGAACAGUCUGACCUAUGGCCUGAGCAGCAUGCAGGGCUGGAGGGUGGAGAUGGAGGAUGCGCACACAGCAGUCAUUGGCAUGCCUCAUGGGCUCGACCCUUGGUCCUUCUUUGCUGUCUAUGAUGGGCAUGCUGGCUCCCAGGUGGCCAAAUACUGCUGUGAGCACCUGCUGGAGCACAUCACCAGCAACCCAGACUUCCAGAGCGGUCUGGAGCCCAAUGUAGAGAGUGUGAAGACCGGCAUCCGCACAGGUUUCCUGCAGAUUGACGAGCACAUGCGGAACAUCUCAGAGAAGAAGCACGGUGUGGACCGCAGUGGCUCAACUGCCGUGGGGGUAAUGAUUUCCCCAGGCCACAUCUACUUCAUCAACUGUGGAGACUCCCGGGGUCUUCUGAGCCGUGGAGGAGCUGUGCACUUCUUCACACAGGACCACAAGCCCAGCAACCCACUGGAGAAGGAGAGGAUUCAAAACGCCGGAGGCUCUGUCAUGAUCCAGAGAGUGAACGGCUCUCUGGCCGUGUCCCGGGCCCUGGGAGACUUCGACUACAAGUGUGUGCAUGGCAAGGGCCCCACGGAGCAGCUGGUUUCACCAGAGCCUGAGGUGUAUGCCAUUGAAAGGUCUGAGGUGGAAGAUGAGUUUAUUGUCCUAGCCUGCGAUGGCAUCUGGGAUGUCAUGGCCAAUGAGGAACUGUGUGACUUUGUCAGGUCCAGGCUAGAGGUGACCGAUGACCUUGAGAGAGUCUGCAAUGAAAUUGUUGACACUUGCUUGUACAAGGGGAGUCGGGACAAUAUGAGCGUUGUGCUGAUCUGCCUCCCAGGGGCUCCAAAGGUGACAGCAGAUGCCGUGAAAAGGGAAGCAGAGCUGGAUAAGUUCCUGGAGAGCAGAGUAGAAGAGAUCAUAAAGAAGCAGGGAAACGAAGGGGUUCCAGACUUGGUCCACGUGAUGCGGACGUUGGCAUCAGAGAGCAUCCCUAACCUCCCUCCUGGAGGUGAACUGGCCAGCAAGCGAAACGUUGUUGAAGCAGUGUACAACAAACUCAACCCAUACCGAAGUGAUGACACAGACUCAGCGUCCACAGACGACAUGUGGUAACACAACCCCUACCACUAACACAGCACAGAGUUUACAACCCGCUACCCUCUCAAGACCCACAGCAGCUCCGUUCAGCAGUCUGUCUCCCCACCACUCUGAGCGUUACAUUUUUAAGAAGGGAAUAUGAUGGGAGGACGAGGAGAUGCAAACAGACCUCUACACCCCGGAUUGUGCAGCACCAGUCCGCUCUGAAGUUCAGGAUUCCCUCCAUUUUUUUCUCACCUUUUAUUCCCCCCCUAACAUUACCCAUAACUAGCGAGUCCAGCAGGUUCUUAAAAAAACAAACAGCUGAAACAAUUAAUUUUUUUGCUGUAAUUAGUUUGAUUCACAUUUCCUUGUGUGUUUUGUAUAUUUCUGUUUUUGUGAAGUGCAAUUGUCGUGUACAAACAGCCUGUAUUUAAUGCAGCUUGAGUUCAAGUAAAACAAUGAAAGAAGUGAGAAAGAACCUUUUAUGCACUAUCUGCCUUUUUCCUGCUCUUCUGGAGUUCCAACAAAUGUCUAUUCAGUGAAUAUUACUGUUUGUCCUCCAGGUGAUAUUAUCCUCCUGCUCUUGUUAUUUUUUAGUUUAAGUCUUUGCUCAUUAAAGAAACGGGUAAAUUGUAUAGGUUCACAGCACAGUAAGCUCUCUAAAACUAACCAUAUAAAUCCUAAUAUUUACAUGUUCAAUUUUAAUUAUUUUUCAUAUACUUUUUUCUUUAUACGCUGUAGUAACUAUGGUAAAGUGUUACACAGUCCUUCAUUGUGUUCCUGUCUUUUGGAGAGAAAGGAUAUUGUUGCUCUCCUGUAAACACAACAAAGCAGUUCCAAGAUGCAAGUGAAGAUUAUCCCACCUGACACCUUUUAACACUUGCUGUGUUGGAUUCCGUGUAUGUGUGUGUGCGUGCGUAUACUGGCAAGCGUGCCUGGGUGCUUGUGUGUAUGUGUAGAGGUAGUUCUCUAUCUGCAGCACUGUAGCUACCAGCUAAUGUUUGCUAUGGUGGUGCUGAUGUCAGAACCACAUGGGCUGGAGAUUUAGGCGCCAUUACUCCUACAUACCUCUUCUGCACCUCAUCAGUCUUUCAUAUCAGCACAAUACAAUCUCUCACUACCCCUCACUCAGAUAACACUUUAUUUGACAGUGGAAGGAUUAAGUUGACAAAUUGCUAUUUGAACUUCAAAAUGACAUCUGCCACAACCACUUUGUAAUUGUCAGUGAAGUCCGUGACACAGUUAACCUGUCUAAUGACAUAGUGAUUUUAAAAUAUAUAUAUAUUUUUUUUUUUUUUUUUUGUCUGAACCUUGACUAGUUGACACGUUUUCAUGUCAUGAGUGUUAGAUUAUUUACUUUGAAUAAACUACAUGAGGUUGGUGGCACCUUAAUUGGGGAGGAUGGGCUUGUGGUACUGGCUAGAGUGGAAAAGUAUCAAACGCAUGUGUUUGAUGCCAUUCCAUUUACUUCGUUCCAGACAUUAUUAUCAGCCGUCCUCCCAUCUGCAGCCUCCACUGGAAUAAACAUAAUAUGUCACAGGUGCCAUGUGGUCUAUGGGUCAGGUCAGCUUUAUGACAGCCCAUGCGAAGUGAAGUUUUCUAAGUUUCAGAGAGGAGUUCAAAUCACAACAUUUAUCUGAUUUUACAAGUGUUUAAGUGCUGAUUGUUAGAAACCCUAGUUACCACCACCAGUCUAAGUGAACAUUCAAUCUUCUAUUUCCAAUUUCCAAGUGGUGUUUUUUCUAAAGAAGCAAUCUCCAGUUGUUACAUCAAUUUUUGGAUUUGUAAAUUAAUGGUAUGUUCACAUUUGUUUCUUGAAGAAUAUAACUUAUAAAUGCCUCAGGCUUAGAACUGCCGUACCGCAUCAGAACCCAAAAUAUACGCUUGUUUUACUCAAAUUCUUGUAAACCAGGUAAAUGUGAAAAAAUGCUAGCCUAAAAAUAUGGAUAACUAUCAUUUUGAUAUCAUGGAUGGUCAGUCUUUGCAUGCAUAGCUCUAUGAAUUUGAUUGGUUACAUUUCUCCAGCCUCAACCCUUAGGUUUUUACAGAAACAGGGGUGUUAUAGUUUCAACUGCUGAUUGCUGCUUUAAAUGUUGCUAUAUUCAACUAUACAACCAAGAACAAAUCCACUAAAUGCAUUGAGCUCUCCUAGAGCACCUUGUAUUUACUGUGUGGUUUGGGGUGCUCUUAGUGUAGAGACCUCCGCCACUGCACCAGGAGCUAGAGCACGGUAUGCUGCUAAAGUGUAUGAUUGAUUGAUUUGCAGUUAAUUUUUUACUUUUAAGAAAAGUGUAUAGUAUGUAUUUUGUGGAGAGAUGGUUUUAUUUAAAUGAAUUUUCUUCCAUUGUUUAAAAUGCAUUGUUGCAUAUGUAUGUAUAUACAGUUUAUUAGGUACAUCCAUCUAGAACUGGGUCGGAUCCCGCUUUGCCUCCAGAACAGCCUGAAUUAUUCAGGGCAUUCUACAUGGUGUCGGAAACAUUCCACAGGGAUGUUGGUUCAUGCUGACGCGAUGGCGUCGUGCAGUUGCUGCAGAUUAGACGGUGGUACAUUCAUUCUGCGAACAGCCCGUUCUAUCUUAUCCCAAAAAUGCUCUAUUGGGUUGAGGUCUGGGGAAUACGCAGGCCACUCAAGUAAGCUGAACUCACUGUCAUGUUCCAGGCAAUGUUUUUCCACUCCUCAAUUGUCCAGUGUUGGUGAUCGCGUGCCCAUUGGAGACGCUUCUUCUUGUUUUUAGCUGAAAGGAGUGGAACCCGGUGUGGUCAUUUGCUACAAUAGCCCAUCCGUGACAUGGAUCAACGAGUUGUGCGUUCCCAGAUGCCGUUCUGCACACACCACUGUUGUACUGCACCGUUAUUUGUCUGUUUGAAGCCCGCCUGGUAGCUUGCAUGAUUCUUGCCAUUCUCAUUCGACCUCCCUCAUCAACGAGCUGUUUUCACCCACAGGACUGCCACUGAUUGGAUGUUUUAUUGUUUGUCGCACCAUUCUCGGUAAACCCUAGACACUGUCGUGUGUGAAAAGCCCAGGAGGGCGGCCGUUUCUGAGAUACUGGAUCUGGCGCGCCUGGCACUGACCAUCAUACCACGCUCAAAAGUCGCUUUGGACACUCGUUUUGCCCAUUCUUACGUUCAAUCAACCCGUAAUUGAAGGCUUCGAUACCUGUCUGCCUGCUUUAUAUAGCAAGCCAUGGCCACGUGACUCACUGUAGGAGCGAUCCAUUUUUGUGAAUGGAGUGGUGUACCUAAUAAACUGUCCACAGUUUAUUAGGUUAGAUAAGUGGUGAGCAAGAUGCUCUUGUGUUUGUUGAUGUUUAAUCAAUUAGAAUGGAGCACUGUAGGUUAAGGUGCUCUUCUAAUCCCGUGGGCUCUGCUCAGGGUUGGGACACUAUCCUGUUUGUCUGACACACAGGGUAACAUACUGAAUUUGAAAUUCUCUCUCUUUAACCAACUGACAAUCUAAUGAUGUAGGCUAACUUCAGGCAACAAACUACCACGUUGUCUCCUGAACUUGACCCCUAUAUAUUGUUCAACAUUAUGAGGUCACUUAGAAAUGUCCUUGUUUUUGAAAGAAAAGCAACAUUUUUUUUGUCCAUUUUUAAAAUAACAUCAAAUUGAUCAGAAUAACAGUGUGAACACUGUUAAUGUUGUAAAUGACUAUUGUAGCUGGAGAUGGCUGAUUUUUAAUUGAAUAUCUAUAUAGUUGUACAGAGGCCCAUUAUCAGCAACCCUCACGCCUGUGUUCCAAUGGCACGUUAUGUUAGCUAAUCCAAGUUUAUCAUUUUAAAAAGCUAAUUGGUCAUUAGAAAACCCUUUUGCAAUUAUGUUAGAACAGCUGAAAACUGUUGUCCUGAUUUUAAAGAAGCAAUAAAUAUGGGCUCCUUUAGACUAGUUGAGUAUCUGGAGCAUCAGUGUUUGUGGGUUCGAUUACAGGCUCAAAAUGUCCAGUAACAAAGCACCUUCUUUUGAAACUCGUCAGUCUAUUGUACUGAGAAAUGAAGGCUAUUCCAUGCGAGAAAUUGCCAAGAAACUGAUGAUCUCGUACAACGCUGUGUACUACUCCCUUCACAGAACAGUGCAAACUGGCUCUAACCAGAAUAGAAAGAGGAGUGGGAGGCCCUGGUCCUCUUGCUCAAUUGUGCACAAGUACAUUAGAUUGUCUAGUUUGAGAAACAGACGCCUCACAAGUCCUCAACUGGCAGCUUCAUUAAAUAGUACUCACAAAACACCAGUCUCAACGUCAACAGUGAAGAGGCAACUCCGGGAUGCUGUUCUUCUAGGCAGAGUUGCAAAGAAAAAGCCAUAUCUCAGACUGGCCAAUAAGAAAAAAAGAUUAAUAUGGGCAAAAGAACACAGGCACUGGAGAGAGGAACUCUGCCAAGAAGGCCAGCAUCCCGGAGUCGCUUCUUCACUGUUGAUGUUGAGACUCAGUUGUGCACCGUGGCCUCCCACUCAUGAUGAUGCUGAUGCUCCAGAUACUCAACUAGUCUAAAGAAGGCCAGUUGUAUUGCUUCUUUAAUCAGAAUAACAGUUUUCAGCUGUGCUAACAUAAUUUCAAAAGGGUUUUCUAAUGAUCAAUUAGCCUUUUAAAAGGAUAAACUUGGAUUAGCUAACACAACAUGCCAUUGGAACAUUUGAGUGAUGGUUGCUGAUAAUGGGCCUCUGUACGCCAAUGUAGAUAUUCCAUAAAAAAUCAGCCGUUUCCAGCUAGAAUAGUCAUUUACAACAUUAACAAUGUCUACACUGUAUUUCUGAUCAAAUUUGUUAUUUUAAUGACAAAAGUUUUUUUCUUUCAAAAACAAGGACAUUUCUAAGUGACCCCAAACUUUUGAACGGUAGUGUGUAUGUGUGUAUAUAAAAUAUAUUACACACACACAAACACACACACACCGUUUAGAGAAGGUUUGAUAUGCCACCCUUUUGUUACUGUAUUUUAUGCGUACUUGCAGUUGUUUAGAAAGUAAACCAUUUAAAGUAAUUGUCAGAUUUAACGCUUAAAUAUGUUUGUCCAUGAAUGAGGGACUUGGACCCAGGUUCUUUUUUGUUGUGAACUUGAUAUACUGACAGUUGAUGUACCCUUAAACUGCUGAAAUGUCAAUCACACAAACACUUAUUGUUCAAUUGUAUACUUAAGUCAAACAAUGCCUUCAUAAUUAUUACACAGCAUUUGCGAUCUUAGAAAAAAACAUUAAGUGACUGAAUGAAUCAGCUACCCAAGUCACUUUUUAAAAAUGAGAAAUGUGGUUAUAUUGGUAAACGUUUAAAAAAUAUAUAUAAUAAUAAUAAAUAUAUUUCCCCACUGUGGUUUUGUGGAAGGGAACCAAGUUUUAGGAGCACAGAGCGGGUCAGCAGUAACACACAAGCCCUAGCUGUUUUAGCGCCUGCAUAGGCGUUUGGAUCUUCCCCUGAGGAGAGCAAACAUUCAUUGUCCUUAUACGCAAGUAUUUUCUCCAGAAAUACUGCAGUAUGUAUAUAAUUUUCAAGUACCUAAAUGAAGUCAAAGGAAAAUCUGUCUUAACCUGUUUUAAACUUGCAGGUUACUAAUUUACUGUCAAUGUUUUUAUAAGGCUAGACUGGAAAUAAAUACAUUUUAUUUCAGAAAUACAUUACUUUUAUCUUUAGGUUAGCCGCAUAUUUUUCAGUCAUCUGUACAGCUUGACAGUGAUUUUGUGCUGCGGCGCUUUUGUUUUUAAAGAGUUUUGGAUAGUAGGUUAGUGUUCUGUUGUCGACACACCAGUUUGAAUGCGGACUACUUGCAUAUAUACUGUAAGACUUGCAUAGUGACUAAGGUGUUAGAGAUAGGGUCUUACAUGAACAUGUCACGUAAUUAUGUGAGCAUCAUAAGGAACGUAUGUACAGUGCCUUUCAAAGUAUCCAUACCCUUUGACUUAUUCCACAUUUGUUACAGCCUGAAUAUAAAAUGUAAAAAAUAGUUGUUUUCCCCUCACCCAUCUACUACACACAACACCCUAUAAUGACAAAAUGAGAAUGUUUUUCUACAUUUUUCAAAUUUAUUGAAAAUUAAAUCCAGAUAUAAUUUACCUAAGUAUUCACACCCACGGGUCAAUAGUUUUUAGAAGCACCUUUGGUGGCGAUUACAGCCCUGAGUCGUCUUGGGUAUAUCUGUAUCAGCUUUGCACAUCUAGAUUUGUGACCCCCCCCCCCCCCCCCUUCCUUGCAUAUUUUCUCAAGCUCUUAAGUUAGAUGGGGAGCGGUGGUGAACAGAUAUCUUCAAGUCUUUCCACAGAUUUAAUGGGAUUCAAGUCUGGGCUUUGGCUGGGACACUCAAGGACUUGCACAUUCUUGUUCUGAAGCCAUUCCAGCAUUGCUUUAUGCUUGAGGUCAUUGUCCUGUUGGAAGGUAAAUCUUUGCCUCAGUCUAAAGUCAUUUGCACUCUGAAGCAGGUUCUCAUCAAGGAUUUGCCUGUAUUUGGCUCCAUUCAUUGUUCCCUCUAUCCUUACCAGUCUCCCAGUCCCUGCCGCUGAUGGUAGGGAUGGUGUUAGAUUGGUGAUGAGCUGUGCCUGGUUUUCUUCAGACAUAGCGCUUUGCAUUCAGGCCAAAGAAUUACAUUUUUGUCUCAUCAGACCACAAUCUUUUGCCUUAUGCUUUCAGUCUUUCACGUGCCUUUUUGCAAGCUCCAGGUGUGCUGUCAUAUGCCUUUUUCUCAAGAGUGGCUUCCGUCUGGCCACUCUCCCAUAAAGCCCAGAUUGGUGAAGUGCUGUAGAGACCGUUGUCCUUCUGGCAGGUUCUCCCAUCUCACCCAAGGAGUUCUGUAGUUCUGUCAGUGGUUAUUGGGUUCUUAGUCACCUCCCUGAUUUAAGGUCCUUCUUGCUCAGUUUGGUCAGACGGCCAGCUCCAGGCAAAGUCUGGGUAGUUCCUUUUUUUUUUUAUAUCUUUUUUUUUUCAAAAAAUGUGCUCUUGUAAACUUUCAGGACUCUAGAAAUUGUUUUAUACCCUUCCCUAGGUAUAUUCCUUACCACAAUUCUUUCUUGGCGAUCUAUGGACAGUUCCUUAGACUUCAUGGUAUAGUUUCUGCUCUGACAUGCACUGUCAACUGUGGGACCUUUUUAUAUAGACAGGUGUAUGUCUUUCUAAAUCAUGUCCAAACAAUUGAAUUGGCCACAGGUCACUACAACUUGGAGUCCACAUCUCAAGGACGAUCAAAGGAAAUUGGAUGCACCUGAGCUCAAUUUGGAGUGUCCUAGCAAAAGGGUGUGAAUACUUAUGUAAAUAAGAUUUCUGUAUUUCGUUUUCAAUAAAUGUGCUAAAAUCUCAAAGUACGUUUUCACUGUAAUUAUGGGGUUGUGUGUGUGUGUGUGUGUGUGUGUGUGUGUGUGUGUGUGUGUGUGUGUGUGUGUGUGGGGCUGGAAAAGGAAAAAAAUGUUUUCAAUCCAUUUUGAAUUCAGGCUGUAACACAACAAAAUGUGGAAUACGUCAAGGGGUAUGAAUACUUUUCUGAAGGCACUUUUAUACUUUUCUGAAGGCACUUUCAAAAUUCAAAGUCCAUAUCCUGAUCUUAGAUCCAUUCACCAUGCUUGAACCUUUAUGUAAAUCUUUCUUUGCCUCCCAUUUGAAAUAGAAUAUGGCUCUAAAAGAAUGGUCAAUUAGGGUGUAUUUUUUUAUUUUGGACUUUUGACUGGUACCAUACAAGACUGACCUAAUUGUUCAAAAGCGUAGCACUUACUAAGCAUCCAAUGUAUUAUUUUUUUCUUCUAUACCAUAAAACUACAGUACCUCAUAAGUUCAUAGAAAACCUAUUUGUCUAGUAUUGGUUGUUUUUCUAGACCCCCUCUGUAGUUUUGCUUUGAAAACAGCCAUCAUACCCAGAUUGGGCUGUUAUGUCAGAAUCUGUGGAAUGUCAGACUGAGUUGUCAUGGAGUCGGGCAAACCCAUUGUUAAUGUAUUUGACUGAAAUGUGCAAAUUUGAAAUAUUGAUAUCUAUAAUGUAUCCACUGCAAAUGCUAGUUUAUUUGAUUAACUAGUAAAAUCAUUGACCUUAUACGAAAAGGAAUGGCCUCAAACCCUUGCUUGUGUAAUGUCACUAACUUGUUUCGCUUUUGUGAUAUUCAACUAGUUCAGAGAUCUAGAAUUGUAACAAUGUUCAGGGUUCUAGAAAUGUAAGAUGUGUGAGAGGUAUUUGGUGUAAUUAAUGACAAUGGUUAAAUAUGCACUGAUAGUCUUUCUUAUCAGCUUUCACAAAAAAGUAUUGUUCUAGAAAAAACUAUAAAGCUAUUUACAGGUUGUCCCUUUGCUCCCCUGGAACUAGUUCUGUUAGGUUCAGAGGUAUAUCUGGCUGGAGUAAAGUAGAUUUGAAUGCUCGUUCCCAUAUUGUCCAUAUUGAUGUACCUCAGUUGUGACGUUACUGUGACCCUUAGCAGUGGUGGGUUGUGUCCCCUUAAACAGGGGACCUGAACCCCAUGUUGCUGACCUUUUCAGCUCACUAAUAAGCUCACCAAUUUGCCUUACCCAAUCUAACCCUAUCACUUAAGUACUUGUUUAUUGGAACACUUCAAGGAGAGAUGUAGACAUUACUUUCUUGUAACUGAAAAAUAAAUAAAAUCAAGUGUUUCCAUGUUAGGGUGCUUCUCUUCAAAGUGGCAUACUAUGUUGGUAGUCACAUGGUACACAUUUUCAACCGUUUCUGGUUUGUAUACUUUUUUUUUUUUUCAUGUUACCUUGUUGAAUCUUGAAAGCUUAUUUAAUUGCUCACUCCUGCAGAUGAUGUAAUACUUUAAGCAAAUGCAAGUGUAUAAACAAUUGGGUAACCUUGUAAGCAUUAGAAAUGUGCAUACAUACAUUCAUGUCUGCUAUAUUUAUAAAUACAUUCAAGAAUGGCUUUAGACUGCUGUAGAUAAUAAGUAUUGUCUGUUAAUUCAACUGCUUCUCAGAGGCCUCUGUGAUAGACUUUGCAAAGUUCAAUAACUGUAUAUUUUGUAUAAUGUCCCAUCUCCAAAGGAAAGACCGAAAAUAAAAUGUUAAAAAGCUUUGUUCCCUGAACUAAAUUGUACUACUUGUGUUGAGUCGAUUGAACAAAUUGCAUUCCUUGCUUGUGAAUUUGUGUUUUUUUUCUCUUCUUUCCCUGAAUUUCCUCGCCGCCUUUCCGUCCUUAUUUCUUUAAUUUUUUUUAGCCUUUGAAGUUUGAAAUAAAAUGUAUAGUUUGCAGAAUGUAUCACUAAAUAAAUGGGUUGUUACCUUA